AAGUUUACCAGCUGUGCAGUUUUUGAGCAAGUUUAGCCUUUCAGUUAGUCACUGUUGGCUAACACACAUGCUUGCACACACAUUUCCUCAGGUGUGCGUAUGCAGAACAGGGACAUGUGGGAUGGUUGUUGUUCUCUUAUAAGGCCAGGAAAGGAACAGUCACUCCCACAGUCCAGAAACAGCUGUAGGAACAACAACUGUCAAUCAGUAUAGACCAGUGAGGAGGCUUCACUCCCACUACGCAGUGGUGACACCUGUAACUAUCUCUUCUACUCACGAGUACCCUCGGACAAAGAACUGGGACUCCAACAGACGCCGGCUUCACAGAGGUUCUGCUGAAUUUGCUCCAACAGACGAGGACAUGAAGGAGAAGGAGUAUUUUGUGCAGAGGGAGGUUCUGGAUGAGAUACGUCUUGAUGAAGUGGCACAGAAAGGGACUUGGUCCGUUAAACCAACUCUGGGUGAACGAGUGAAAGAGUCCCUGAGGUGUUCGGGGCCCAGGCUGAAGCACAUACUUCUGAGCUGGAUUCCUGUUCUUGGCUGGUUACCUCGUUACUCUUUCAGAGAAAAUGCCAUAGGGGACCUGAUAUCUGGCUGCAGUGUGGGCAUCAUGCAUCUGCCGCAGGGCAUGGCAUAUGCUCUUCUGGCUUCCUUACGUCCAGUGUUUGGUCUUUACACCUCUCUCUACCCAGUGCUGGUCUACUUCAUCUUUGGUACUUCCAGACACAUCUCCAUAGGCACGUUUGCUGUGAUCAGCAUCAUGAUUGGGAGUGUGACAGAAAGGCUGGCACCGGACAGCAACUUUAUUGUAAAUGGGACGAACGGGACAGAAAUUGUGAACCUCGACGAAAGGGACGCAUACAGAGUACAGAUAGCAUGUUCGCUCACAGUGUUGGCAGGAAUCUUUCAGAUCCUGCUGGGUGUGGUGAGGUUUGGUUUCGUGGUCACCUAUCUGUCUGAGCCACUUGUUCGCGGCUACACUACGGGAUCAGCAUGUCAUGUGUGUGUCUCCCAGCUAAAGUAUCUGUUUGGAGUUGCACCAUCUCGCUUCACUGGUCCCCUCUCCCUCAUUUAUACUCUGGUGGAUCUUUGCAAACUGCUGCCUCAGACGAAGCUUCCAGAGUUGGUGGUCAGCCUGGUGGCGCUCAGCGUUCUUAUUGUGGUCAAAGAAGUCAAUGCGUGCUACAGACAAAAGCUACCUCUGCCUAUCCCCAUAGAGCUCAUAGUUAUCAUAGCAGCUACAAUCAUUACCCACUUCUGUGGACUUACUGACAAAUACUAUAUUGAUGUGGUUGGAGAAAUUCCCAGUGGACUCAAGGCUCCUCGUGCUCCAGAUGCCACUUUGUUCUCAAAAGUUUUAGGUGAUGCUUUUGCCGUGGCCAUCGUGGGCUACGCCAUCAACAUUUCUCUCGGCAAAACGUUUGCCCUCAAACACGGCUACAAGGUGGAUAGUAACCAGGAGCUGGUUGCCUUGGGACUCAGCAACACUGUCGGUGGCUUUUUCCAGUGCUACUCUGUGACUUCCUCCUUGUCUCGGAGUCUUGUCCAGGAGAGCACAGGGGGCAAGACACAAGUUGCAGGACUGAUUUCCUCUAUCAUUGUGCUGAUCACAGUUUUGAAAAUAGGUUCUCUCUUUGAAGAUCUCCCCAAGGCCGUCUUAUCCACAAUAGUGUUUGUGAAUUUGAAAGGAAUGUUUAAGCAGUUCAUGGACGUGCCUUCGCUGUGGAAGACCAACAAGGUUGAUUUGCUUGUGUGGCUGGUGACAUUCACAAGCACCAUACUGCUCAACCUGGACCUGGGCCUGGCUGUCUCCAUUGGCUUUUCCAUGCUCACCGUCAUCUUCAGAACACAGCUACCCCACUACUCUAUCUUGGGCAACGUGCCAGGCACUGACCUGUAUCUGGACACAGAGAAGUACAAAGAGGCUAAAGAGAUUCCAGGAAUUAAAAUCUUCCGUUCAUCAACGACUAUCUACUACACGAAUGCUGAGAUGUACUUGGAGGUCCUGCAAGAGAAGAGUGGAAUUGAAAUUGGGAAGCUGCUAACGGCCAAGAAGAAACAGCAGGCAAAGCAGAAGCGUAAGCAAGAGAAAGAGAAAAAGAAAGCCAAAAAGGAGGAAAAGAAACAAAAAAAAGCUGUCAAACAUUUGCCCAAUGGCACAUUCUCUUUGAAGGAGUCAGAGAUCAACAAGAGAAAAGUCUCUGAAGAAACAAAUGGACAGCGUCAAGGCAAUGGUGUCGCCGCAAACGGCCUUAGUAAAGGCCGAGUAAACUGGGCUUACCAACCUGACACAACAAUAUCAGAGUCAGACUCAGACACAGGUUGCCAUGGCGAUGACAGCAUCACCCAGGUUUCGCACCACAGUGACGAGGAGAAAGGAAAGGCCAGCGGAUCAGGCACCCACAGCAUCAUCUUGGACAUUUCCACAACCAGCUUUGUGGACUCAGUCACUGUGAAGACGCUGAAAAAUAUUUUCAGGGACUUUGGAGAGGUUGAUCUGGAAAUCUACCUCGCUGGCUGCCAAGCUUGUGUCGUGGAACAGCUGGAAACGGCAGGUUUCUUCUCGGAGUCCAUCCCAAAGAGCAGGCUGUUCGUCACCGUUCAUGAUGCAGUGCUGCAUAUUCUCAAUAAACUGGGGCAGAAAGACUUCAUGCUCGAUAUGUCCUGCAACACCCAGAUGUGACCAGCAGGUGUCAGAUUGCUCCAACUCCAGCCAUCUUCCUCCUCCUCCUCCUCUUCUAAGGCCGCCUCUUCCAUUGCUCACUAUUGGUCACCAGUGUCUCCUCCCCUUUCAGUGGGGGAGAAUGCACCACCUUGACAUGGCGGCUGGUUGCCAUGGAAAUACAGGGAGCCGUUACUGUGGCAACAGGCUUUUUAUGAUAUUGUCUAAUGAGAUAGCCAGCAAUACGUCAUUGCAGCUCUCUCGCUGUGUGGUGUGUGUUAGAGACAGCAAAGGGGCGGGGGUUGAGUGGGAGAAUGUAACACUGGACUAAUAGGAGUCUGUAUUUAUAGCCUGUGUGAGAGUGGAAAGUGAGUGAAAGGUUGAAACUCAUAUGCAGGAGGUGUUUGUUGUGAACACACAGGCCAUGAUGUGUGUGCAUGUGUCUGUCCGUCAGUCCAUAUUCCACAAGAGGAGGAAAGCCAGGUGUCUCCAACGGAUCAAUAAAAUGUAAAUAUUCUUCACUGAUAUUGACGUGUCCAUCCGUUUUGGAGGGGUUCUUAAUUCUAAUAUCACCCCUCAUUUGCUCCAGCAGUGAAGAGCUGAAUGGGGGACAUAGUGUAUAUGUGUUACAUUUUAAAACAGCAGGAGUGUGUAUUUAUAGUUUGCAUUCACAUGUCUGAUUCCUCUGACAUUUUGAGCUCCAUUCUAUUUUUAGGAUCCAAUGUCAUCUGCUGUUGCAACGAUAGAGGCUAAACACUGUGUAGUAAUACGUGAUGAUUUCCAUGGAUUGAACCGGAAGGUCCAAAGAUAAACGCUCCCAGACAUUUUUUUUAACCUUCUGAUUACUUUUUUACUUUCAAAAAUGUACUGUACACUGGAAAUGCAUGUGAAAGCACAAGGGGCUUAGAAGGGCUUUGAGAUCUGGGAGGUGCAUUUAUGUGUACUCCUAAAGUCGUAGACUUUCCUAAUCAGACAUAGUUCAUGAGUGAAGUGGGGCUUUCCUUCACAUGGGGCCGACCACCACAAACAAGUGAUCAAAGUGCUGAAAACACAGCUGAAUGUCCCCAUCUUUAAAUUAUUUGUUUGCUGGAUCGACCACUACAAUGUAAUGAAUUGUAGAACUUAUUCCUUGUCUCCAGAGCAUGUUGCUCGCCGUUGUGUUCAUUGCAGUUUUAUGAAGCUGACUUGCAUGAAAUGUUGAACUAUCAAAUGUGUCUUGAAAUGUAUUUUUAUACAGGUGUCAAUGUGUAACGUAUUUAAUGUGAAUGAACCUGAAUAUCUUCUGUACAUAUCCACGGCAUUUCGUUUCUGAUUAAAAAAACAAACGCGACGAUGUAAAUGAAGACCCAUAAAAACACAGUACAUCCCUCUUUA